AUGUUAAUAGUACUAGCAAUUUUACAUAUAUUACUUCUGUGGAAUGUAGCUAAUUCACUUGAAUGCUACACGGGUUUCUCUGUUAUUCGUGGUCAAACAGUUGGUACAACAAAAGAAAUUUGUAGUAAACAAUCUGAUUCAUGCUAUCGUGCUAUGGCUAAUGUUAAUUUAUUAAGUACAGUAAAAAAAGCUGGAUGUUCUACUAUACGUUGUUAUCUAAACAAAAACAAAUGCAUCGAGCAGGAUUUAUUCGGUAGCAAAGCAAUGUUUUGUUGUUGUGACGAUCGAGACUUGUGCAACACAGCUUCGACAUCUUUUGCAGUUAUUAUCUCUAUUAUAGCACCACUUUAUUUUAUUUUAUGA